AUCCCCGCCGGUAUAUCCGUCGCCCAUCGGGACGGGGCUGGGGGGUUGGGCCGACGCCUACGCGAAAGCCCGGGCUCUCGUGGCGGAGCUGACCCUAGAAGAAAAGGUCAGAGCCUCCCACCCCAGGAAUUGGAGUCGGCUGAAUCCUAAUUCCAUUGCCAUAUAGGUCAGUCUCACCGGGGGUGUCAGUGCAGAUAGUUCCUGCUCUGGAAUUAUUCCCGCCAUCGAGCGGCUCAACUUCACCGGCCUCUGUCUCAGUGACGCCGGUAAUGGGGUGCGGACAACGAACUUCGUGACGAGCUGGGCUUCGGGCCUCUCAGUCGGCGCGAGCUGGAACCGAGAUUUGGCUUAUAAGAGGGCCGUGGGCAUGGCCGGUGAGUUCCGGGCUAAAGGGGUCCACGUCGCCUUGGGGCCGGUAGUAGGGCCUUUGGGCCGUAUCGCAAGCAGCGGGAGGAACUGGGAAGGAUUCUCAAACGACCCCUAUCUGAGCGGAGUCCUAGCAGCGGACACCGUCAAGGGGAUGCAGUCCGUCGGAGUCGCGACAAGCACUAAGCACUUUAUCGCCAACGAGCAAGAAACAAACCGCAACCCCGAGGGCAACGUCACGGCCGUGUCCUCCAACAUCGACGACAAGACCAUGCACGAGCUGUAUCUCUGGCCGUUCCAGGACGCCGUAAAAGCAGGCACUGUGAACAUCAUGUGUUCCUACAACCGGAUCAACAACAGCUACGGUUGCGCUAACAGCAAGACACAAAACGGUCUCCUCAAAACGGAGCUCGGCUUCCAGGGGUUUGUGGUUUCGGACUGGGGCGCUCAGCACGCCGGCGUUGCCACGGCGUUGGCAGGUUUGGACGUGGUGAUGCCGUCCGCCUCGCCGUUUUGGGGGAACAACCUCACCCAAGCCGUCAACAACGGUUCGGUUCCGGAGUCUCGCGUGGAUGACAUGGCGACCAGAGUCAUAGCUGCGUGGUAUAAGCUGGGCCAGGAUGAAGGGUUCCCAGCCAUCGGCGUCGGCAUGCCGGCAGACCUCUGGAGGCCGCACCAGCGGGUUAUCGCCACGUCUCCGAGCAACAAAGAGAUCCUCCUGCAGGGGGCGAUCGAGGGCCAUGUCCUGCUUAAGAACAUCAACAACGCGCUGCCGCUCAAGUCGCCCAAGCUGAUCUCCCUGUUCGGCUACUCCGCCAAGGCCUUCGAUGGGUAUACCCCGGGCGCCUCCGGCUGGAACGGGGGCUCGGAGUCGCUCGCGCCUGGCGACGCCGUCCGCGAGGGCGACAGGGUGAUCCGCAGCCAGAUCGCGGCCAACGGCACGCUGAUCAGCGGCGGCGGGUCCGGCGCUAACCAGCCGGCGUACGUGAGCUCGCCGGCGGCGGCGCUGAGCCAGCGCGCGUACGAGGACGGCACGAGCCUGUGGUGGGACUUCCACAGCGGCAACCCUCUCGUUGACCAGUCUUCCGACGCCUGCAUCGUGGUCGGAAACGCGUUCGCGUCCGAGGGUUGGGACCGGGUGGGGCUGCACGACGACUUCACCGACGCGCUCAUCACCAACGUCGCGUCGCAGUGCCGCAACACCAUCGUCGUCUUCCACAACGCCGGCGUGCGCCUCGUCGACCGCUUCGUCGACCACCCCAACGUCACCGCCCUCAUCUUCGCCCACCUCCCCGGCCAGGACUCGGGCCGCGCCCUAACCGCCAUCCUCUACGGCGACGCCAACCCGUCCGGCAAGCUGCCCUACUCGGUGCCCCGCAACGAGUCCGACUUCGGCCCGCUGCAGAACGCCUCGCUGCCCGACGGCGCGUUCGCGCUGUUCCCGCAGUCCGACUUUGACGAGGGCGUCUACAUCGACUACCGCGCCUUCGACGCCCAGGACAUCCGCCCACGGUACGAGUUCGGCUUCGGCCUGAGCUACACCACGUUCGACUUCUCGGACCUGGCAGUGGCGGCCGCCGAGGGCGCCGACACGUCGCCGUACCCGACGAAGCCGGUCGCCGAGGGCGGCCAGGAGGACCUCUGGGACGUCGUGGCGCGGGUCUCGGCGACGGUGACCAACACCGGCACCGUCGCCGGCGCCGAGGUCGCGCAGCUCUACGUCGGCAUCCCGAACGGCCCCGUCAGGCAGCUCCGCGGGUUCGUCAAGGCCGCGCUCGAGCCCGGCGAGUCGGCCGUGGUCGAGUUCGAGCUGACCAGGCGUGACCUGAGCACCUGGGACGUGGUGGCGCAGAACUGGCUCUUGCAGGGAGGUGACUUCAAGAUCUUUGUCGGGUCAAGCAGCCGAGACUUGCCUCUCGAGGGAACGCUGACUCUCUGAGGGGGCCAACGUUACGCCUCGAUCCAUUGAUCGACACGAACUAGUGAUGUUAUCUAGAGGAGCGUAGUAGCGAUGUAGAUCAAUUCCCUAUUAAGUAUUCCCCCCGUCGAUUGCUCCAGCGUUGUUUGGGCCGUUGGGACCAACUCCGGGUACUGCCAUCGCUUACCCGGAGGAGCGAAGCGGCGUCGUCGCAGAGUUCUCGAAGCGGCCAGUAGCAUGCGUGAAUAAAUGUGAUCUAGCUGCCAAGGAAGAGACUGUCAUCACCUAGAACGGACCAGAUUCCCGCCUUUCAGAGCUGUAGAGCGCCACACCUCCCCCUCCUCUGGAUCUCCCCCUCUCCGUCCUCCCCCCUGCCAUCGCUGC